AUGACGAUUGUUCACAUAGUGAUGUUCAAGUUUCGCCCUGAGGUGACACAAGAGCACAAGGACACGUUUGUUCGAGAGCUCAAAAAGCUGAAGGAACUAGACUGUGUCAAAGGGCAUCGUCUAGUAGUUGGAGGGCCGUCUGUGACAGACCCAAUUGAAAGAAGCAAAGGGUUCGAAAUUGCGCUCCUCAGUUUUCACGAGAAUCUCGCAGAGCUGCAGAAAUAUCAAGCCAGCAAAGAGCACCAUUGGGUCACCAGUACAUAUAUGUUCCCUUACAAAGAGGACCUGGUGCGCUUUGACUUUGAAGUGGCUCCAGAAGAUGAAUAUAUGUGGCAUUUCUUGCCUGUGAAGGGCAUGAAUGGGGCCAACAGCGUCAACGGUCAAAUAGAAAAUCAGUGA